UUUGUAAUAUUAGGUUUCUAUGAAUAACUAUACGUGAUGAACAAACUCAAUUGGGCAUACUUCCCAUAUAUAUUUCGACUUUGUUUGUUAGUGAUUUAAUAAGAUUAGUUAAUUAGUUUUGUCAGUGUUACUCAAUAACAAAACUCAUUAUGUCACUCUGUGUCUGUGACCUAUCCUUUUUCUGUUUUUAUUUGUACUUAAUUGAUAAUAGAUUGGCAGUUUUUUGAUUCUCCUGUAUGUUCAAUUAUUAAGUAUUCAAUUUUAAUGAUCUGUGUAAUGUAAAUCUUGAUGAUCGAUGGAAGUUUUGAUUAAAAUGAAUAUGGGAAAUUGUGGUAGUGAGAGGGAGACUACUUGUUUUGCUAAUGCCGGAUUAUUUAGCAGAUUGUCAUUUUGGUGGUUGAAUCCUUUGAUGAAAAAGGGUAAGAAGAAAACCCUUGAGGAUGAAGAUAUACCCAAGUUGCGUAAAAAAGAUCGAGCAGAGACUUGUUACUUGUUGUUCAUGGAACAACUGAACAAACAAAAGCUGUCUAAACCAUCUAUUGCACCUUCAGUGUUUUGGGCUAUUGUGUAUUGUUGCUGGAAGGAGAUUUUAAUAUCUGGGUUAUUUGCGUUGGUCAAGGUUCUCACUCUCGCUUCUGGACCUUUGUUUCUUACUGCUUUUAUUGAGAUUGCAGAAGGGAAGCAAGCUUUUAAACACGAAGGUUAUGUAUUGACUACUUUGUUGUUUUUGGUUAAAUGCUUAGAGUCCAUAUCACAGAGGCAGUGGUUCUUCCGAAGCAGAUUGAUGGGUAUUCAUGUCAGGUCCAUGCUUAUAGCAGCUAUAUAUAGAAAGCAGCUCAAGCUUUCCAUUGCUUCUAAAACAAAGCAUUCAACAGGUCAAAUUAUGAACUAUGUCACUGUAGAUGCUUACAGAGUAGGGGAAUUUCCUUUUAUGAUGCAUAGAACAUGGACAACGGGUCUUCAGAUCUGCCUUGGAUUGCUGAUUCUUGUCCGCGCUAUAAGACUCGCAACGGUAGCGGCAUUGGUUGUAAUUGUACUCACUGUGCUAGUCAAUAGUCCACUGGCCAAACUACAGCAUAAAUACCAGACUAAACUUGCGGUGUUACAAGAUAAGAGGCUGAAGGCUAUCUCUGAGGCUCUUAUGAACAUGAAGGUAUUGAAGCUGUAUGCAUGGGAGACGCAUUUUGAAAAUGUUAUUCGAGGACUUAGGAGGGAGGAAUACAAAUGCUUGUCAGCUUUGCAGCUUAGGAGAGGUUAUAAUAGCUUUCUGUUUUGGGCAACCCCUGUUUUGGUCUCGGUCGCAGCCUUUUGGGCUUGUUACUUACUUAAGAUUCCCUUAAGUGCUAGUAAUGUUUUCACUUUUGUUGUAACAUUACGCAUUGUCCAAGAGCCUAUUAGAUCAAUCCCUGAGGUUAUUGGAGUGGUUAUUAAUGCAAAAGUUGCAUUGAAACGGAUUGCAAAAUUUCUCUCUGCACCCGAAUUGCAGAAUGAAAACCUUAGUCACAAAAUAAAUUCAGAUGAAAUUAAAUACUCUAUUUUUAUUGAGUCGUCUGAUCUUUCAUGGGAGGAGAAUCAAUCAAAGCCCACGUUGAGAAGAAUAAACCUAGAAGUCAAACCUGGUGAAAAGAUUGCUAUAUGUGGAGAGGUUGGUGCUGGAAAAUCGACCUUAUUAGCAGCAGCUCUUGGAGAGGUUCCAAAGCUGGAGGGUAAGGUUCAAGUUCAUGGAAAGAUUGCCUAUGUUUCUCAAUCUGCAUGGAUCCAGUCAGGAAGUAUAUUAGAGAAUAUUCUGUUCGGAUGCACCAUGGAUAAGCAAAGAUAUCAAGAAACACUGGAAAAAUGUUCUCUGGUUAAGGACCUUGAAAUGUUACCUUUUGGUGAUCUCACUGAAAUAGGAGAAAGAGGAAUUAACUUGAGUGGUGGCCAGAAACAACGUAUACAACUUGCUCGCGCACUGUAUCAAGAUGCUGAUAUAUAUCUUCUGGAUGAUCCAUUUAGUGCAGUUGAUGCCACUACUGCUACAAGCCUUUUUAAUGAAUAUGUUGUGGGAGCUCUAGGAGGCAAGACGGUGUUACUCGUGACUCACCAAGUCGACUUCCUUCCUGCAUUUCAAUCUGUUCUGUUAAUGUCUGAUGGGAAAAUACUACAUGCAGCUCCCUAUCAUACGUUGUUGGGUUCUAGUAGGGAGUUUUGUGACCUUGUUGGUGCCCACAAUAAUACAAGUGGUUCUGAGGGGUUACGUAAGAUUAAGUCACCCAGCAGUGAUGGAAAUUCUGUGACAGAGAUUAAAAACAAUUAUUUUGAGAAACAGUUCGAGGUACCAGUAGGACACCAAUUAAUUAAGCAAGAAGAGAGAGAAUGUGGAGACACUGGUUUGAAGCCUUACCUACAGUACUUGAAUCAGAACAGGGGCGUUUUUUACUUAUCAUUGGCAAGUCUCGCGCAACUUGUUUUUAUGGCUGGCCAGAUAUUACAGAAUUAUUGGAUGGCUGCUAAUGUUCAGAAUCCCCGAGUCAGCAAAUUGAGACUUAUCAUAGUGUACUUGCUGAUUGGGUGUAGUUCUAUGUUCUUCUUGCUUGUUAGAUCUCUUUCUACCGUUGCUUUGAGUAUACAGUCAUCAAAGUCUUUAUUUUGUCAACUUUUGAACUCUCUUUUCCGUGCACCUAUAGCUUUUCAUGACUCUACACCUUUGGGAAGGAUACUAAGUCGGGUCUCUUCUGAUUUAAGUGUCGUAGACCUUGAUCUCGCAGUCAGCUUUGGACUGACCAUCUCGACGACUAUGAUGACUUACACCAAUCUUGGGGUAAUGGCUGUUAUUACUUGGCAAAGCUUAAUUGCCUCCAUACCGAUGGUGUACAUGGUGAUAUACUUGCAGAGAUAUUACUCCGCUUCUGCAAAAGAAUUGAUGCGAAUUGAUGGAACUACUAAGUCUAUGAUAGCAAACCAUCUCGGGGAAUCAAUAGCAGGAGCAACGAUAAUCAGAGCUUUUGGGGAGGAAGAUCGAUUCUUUUCUGAGAAUUUCGACCUCAUCGACAAAAAUGCUAGUCCUACUUUUCACACCUUCUCUGCAAAUGAGUGGUUGAUCCAGCGUUUGGAAACCUUGGGUACCAUUGUCCUUUGUUCCUCCGCACUUGUGAUGGUCUUGCUUCCUUCGGGAACUUUUGGUUCUGGAUUUGUUGGAAUGGCAUUAUCUUAUGGUCUUUCUUUGAAUGUGGUCCUUGUUUUUUCUACUCAAAGACAAUGUCAACUAGCAAAUCACAUCAUCUCUGUAGAAAGGCUAAACCAGUAUAUGCACAUAUCUAGUGAAGCCCCUGAAAUUAUAGUAGGAAACCGUCCUGAACUCAGUUGGCCUGCUGUUGGUAGAGUGGAGAUUCAUGGCUUGAAGAUCAGAUAUAGGCUGGAUACUCCCCUUGUUCUUCAAGGAAUCAGUUGCACCUUUGAAGGAGGGCACAAGAUAGGAAUUGUUGGCAGGACCGGUAGCGGGAAAACCACUCUCAUAAGUGCUUUGUUUCGUCUGGUGGAGCCAGAAGAGGGGAAAAUUAUCAUAGACGACCUUGACAUCUCCAAGAUUGGCCUUCAUGAUCUGAGGUCACGGUUAGGGAUCAUACCUCAAGAUCCUACUCUUUUUAAUGGUACCGUGAGAUACAAUUUAGAUCCUCUAUCUCAAUAUACGGACAAGGAAAUUUGGGAGGUAAUUGGAAAAUGCCAGCUUCAAGAGGCUGUUCAAGAGAAAGAAGAAGGUCUCUCAAGUUCAGUUUUACAAGAUGGAGCAAAUUGGAGCAUGGGACAGCGACAAUUAUUUUGUUUGGCUCGAGCUUUGCUUAGGAGAAGCCAGAUUUUGGUGCUUGAUGAGGCCACAGCUUCAAUUGACAACGCAACGGACUCCAUUCUCCAGAAAACCAUACGGACAGAGUUCGCUAACUGUACAGUGAUCACUGUGGCCCAUAGGAUUACGACUGUGAUGGACUGCACAAUGGUGCUAGCAAUUAGUGAUGGAAAGUUAGUUGAGUAUGAUGAGCCAAUGGAGUUGAUGAAGAGGGAAGAGUCUCUAUUUAGGCAGCUCGUCAAGGAAUACUGGUCUCACUUCCACUCUGCGGAUUCACGGUGAUUGGUGAAACUCACCAAUAUAAUUGUAAUUGUCCUUAAAGUUAUCGUCCUAGUAAUAUUAUCUUUACAGAAACAGUAUUGUUGUAAACACAUUGGUCAUCAUAUUAAGCCCGCGUUUAUUAGAUAUACAGUAAAUGAAUACUUGUUUUCCUGUUAAAAUUACAAACAUCUAUUUCCAA